AUGACAAAAGACCUCACCCUCAAAUCGCGUCACCUCUACCGCGCCCUCCUCCGCGAACUCCCACGCCGCCCCCUCUCCUCGCCCUCCCCGCUCAAACAACGAUUUCGCGAACGCUUCCAACAAUCACCACCACCACCAUCUACCACCUCUUCCUCAGAAUCGUCCUCGCUGCGCCAACAAAUCGAGAAAGCAGAGCAAUUUAUCCGGUAUGCGCGCGCGCAACGCAUGUACGCGACUUUGUUAGAGCGGUAUAAUCCGGGCAUGGGGAUGGAUCAGGAGGAGCGGGUGCGGUUGACGGCGCGGAGAGUCGGUAUGGAUUUACCUGUUGAAGUAGGGGAUGGGAAGGGGCAGUAA